GAAACACAAGGGCGUAGUUUUCUUCUUUCUCUUCUUAGGCUACAUAUAAGCUUUACUCUCACCCUCAGCGGAUAUCGGAGAUUUGGAUAGCGAGUGUGUAUAUUUAUCUUCCGAGAAUCGGAAAACUCAAUCAUCAUGUGCCCAACUAAGCAUAAGCACCUGAAUUACGCCGCUGAAUCUACCGCCUCCAGAUCCAAUUCCGACGUCUCUACCACUACCAUUAGCUUUACUCCAUCUGCUUGGAUCUCCGAGGCAAUCAACGGUGGAUCGUUGCGCCGCGUGAACCUCGACGAUGGAAUCAACGGCUGGGCGUCUCCUCCAGGUGACCUAUUUUUUUUACGAGCCAAAAACUUUUUCGCUAAACGACAGAAAUGCCCCGCCGGCGAUUACUUACUCUACCCUGCCGGUAUGGACUGGCUAAAGUCCACUACCAAACUCGAAAACGUACUCGCCCGCCCUGAUAACCGCGUGGCUCUCGCUCUCAGAAAGGUGCAGUCACAAGGAGAAUCCUUGAAAAGUUUCAUCUUCGCCGUUAAUAUCCAAGUUCCUGGUAAGGAACAGUACAGUGCUGUGUUUUACUUUGUGACUGAGGAUCCUAUCUCUCCUGGUUCGCUGUUGUAUCGGUUCAUUAAUGGAGAUGACUCGUUUAGGAACCAGCGGUUCAAGAUCGUGAACCGCAUUGUCAAAGGACCGUGGAUCGUGAAGAAAACGGUAGGGAGCUAUAGUGCUUGUUUGUUAGGUAAAGCCUUAACCUGUAAUUAUCAUAGAGGAGCCAAUUAUCUGGAGAUUGACGUAGAUGUAGGGAGCUCAAAGAUCGCCUCAGCUAUUUUGCAUCUUGCAUUGGGAUAUGUUACAAGCGUUUCUGUUGAUAUGGGGUUUGUGGUUGAGGCGCAGGCAGAGGAUGAAUUGCCUGAGAAAUUAAUUGGUGCGAUUAGAGUUUGCCAGAUGGAGAUAUCAUCGGCGACUGUUAUUGAGGUGCCGAACACGACGGUGGCGCGUGGGAUUGGGUUAGCCAAGGUUAAACAUCAUGAGUCCGGCGAAGAUGAUGACGACUGAUUAUGGGAACAAAUUUUGGUGGUGGGGUUUCACGGCAUGGCAAAUGAGAAAUGUGAUUGUGUUGAGGUAGGUGAAACAUCAUUAUUCUUCAAUCUUAGUAGUGCAAGUGUGCAACUAAUCAAUUAGCUUUAGUUCAAUGUAUUUAUGAUCAUUUUUAUGAUUACGAGUUCUUAUGCAACUCUACAAUGCUAGCCUAAUUCAUUAGUUUUUUUUUUUUAAAAAAAAACCAACCUAAUCAAUUAGCAUUUAUUCAAUGUAUUUAAGUUUGUUUUUACUGAAUACGAGUUCUUAAUUUUGAAAUUUAGUCAAUAUAUAUAUAUAUAUGAUAUGCUAGUAAGCCCUUAGUAAGCUUUGUUACUUCUACUCUAUGUAGAUUUGUAGUUGGGAGGUUAAAAUAGUUUACUGAAGAUAGUAUUUUGUUAAAAAAUAUAUUUUUAAUAGUAUUUAAAAAGAAUUUGAAUUUAUAUUUUUUUGGGAUGGGGUGUGUAAAGUAAAAUAUCUCAUAAUCUUAAUUUUUUUGGAGAAGAGAAAAAUUUUCUAAGAUAUUUAAAUAUUUUAGAGAGAACGGUUCUAAUAUAUUGAUUUAAUAUCUUAAAAAAAAGAAAAUCUCUAAAAAAAAAUUAUGUAUUUUUCUAAAUAUGGAAUUAAAAUGUUAAAACUUUUUUGAGAAAAACUUUAUAUUAUGUAUAAAACUUUUUUUUCUCCUUUAACCGCUAUACCAUUGCACAAAUUAUCAUUUGGUUUGUUAACGUUUAGGAUGUUAUUUGAAGCUCUAAACUCUAAAAAAAAAGGACUUCUUUAAUAUUGAAUUGAAGCCAUCGAUGAGAUUUUUAUUUUUAUUUUUUGUAUGUGUGUGUUACAAAUGUUCCUGUCAUUGGAGUUAUGUGAUGUUCUUGGAUUAUUUGGAGCAGGCAGAUGCCGUUGUCAAAUUUUAUCUUUUUGUC